AUGUUGGGCCGGUUAUCAAAAGCGUCUGCUAGAACGGCAUCAAGGUAUUUUUCAAGUACCUUCCGUUCAAAUGGGGAAUUCAAUGAACCUUUAUCUGGACAUGACAUGCCAAGGGCAGGAGGCAUCGCUUCAAUGAUGCGACUGCCAGUUCAAGACAAUGCAAGCGGUUUGUAUGCCUGCUUUGUUGGAGUUCCUUUAGACAUUGGAACAUCUAAUAGGGCAGGGACUAGACACGGUCCUCGUCAAAUCCGAGCGGAAUCAUCACUGCUACGCAAGCUGAACAUCGCAACCGGAGCCUCUCCGUUUGAUUCAUUCCAAGUAGCUGAUGUUGGUGAUGUAAAUCUGAACCUGUACAACCUACCAAAGGCAUGUGAGGAUAUCCGUAACCAUUUCUCUGGCAUUGUUCAGACUGGCUGUAUACCUUUGGCCCUGGGAGGUGAUCACACCAUGACCUAUCCAAUUCUACAGGCUAUCAGGGACAAGCAUGGCCCAGUAGGUUUGGUCCAUGUUGAUGCCCAUGCCGACACCAACGACACCAUGCUGGGUGAAAAAAUUGCUCAUGGGACACCAUUUCGUCGUGCCAUGGAAGAGGGAUGUCUGGACGGACAUCGUGUUAUACAGAUUGGACUACGUGGUUCAAAUUACAACAUCACUGAUUAUGACUGGGGACGGGAACAAGGUUUCCGAGUAGUCCUGGGCCAUGAAUGUUGGCAUAAGUCCUUGACCCCUCUAAUGUCUGAAGUUAGAGAGAUGAUGGGUGACCGCCCUGUCUACAUAACCUUUGAUAUUGAUGCCCUAGACCCAGCUUAUGCUCCAGGAACAGGUACACCAGAAAUAGCUGGCCUAACACCUGCCCAGGGAUUGGAAAUCAUACGAGGAUGUCGAGGCAUGAACAUUGUCGGAGGUGAUCUGGUAGAGGUGUCGCCACCGUAUGACCCCUUUGGCACCACAGCAUUAACAGGAGCUAACCUGCUUUUUGAGAUGUUAUGUGUUCUUCCGGAAUGCAAAUAUCUGCGUUAAGGAACAGAAAUUUGAAGACAUCAUACUUUAUAUGAAUGGAGAGAGAUCACAUUGUCAUAUUACAAACAAUACACUUGAAAGUAUACUACACAGGUCAUUUUCUGGAGGAAAAAAUAAGAAAUAUGGAACAGUAUGUAAAAUCAUGGUUUUCGAGGCAGUCAUAAUCAAAUCAGUAUUUUGCAUUCUCACAGCAUUGAAAUUUAAUAAUGUAAAUUUUGUCUGGAGAUCUCUUUUGACUUUCAACCGAUUCCAUUCAAACUUGGUAGGCUAAAUAACCAUGACCUGAGGUUGAGUUUUCGUGAAUGGCAGUAUGACUCCAUAGAUAUUCAAAAGAGUUAAUGCUCCUUGUUGUUUCUAUAAUUUAAAAUCUUUU